GUAGACCCGCCCCGUCUCCAACCACCAGCCAUUCGGAUGACAGGCUGGCCCCGCCCCGCCGUGUCGUCACAUCCGUACGGGGGACCUGCGCGCGCACACGCACAACGUUCAAUCUCGGGACGACCACAAGUUGUUCCGUCUGGCGUUUAGGCAGAAGUUUAUUGAGUGUGCGUUUAUGUGUGUGAGGUACGGGUGAAAGGGGAAAAGUGUUAAUCAGGAAAGAGGGCGGAAACUUAGGGGUCAAAGUGAGAAGAAUAAAGAGGUGAUUUAUAUUUGUCUCACAUGAGUAGCUCACAAACAGCGACCCCGAAGUGUAGCAGCCCAGCCUUGGAAGAUAGCAGCGUGGCGGCAGGAAUGAAGAAGUUGAGCAGAACGAAAGCCCCCAUGGUCAAACGUGAGCGAGUGUCGCCGUCACGAGGAGGGGACAGUGUGGGUUUAUCAGUGGUGGCGUCGCAGGGUUGCGGGGAGGUGUGCCAAGGGUGCCACGACGUCAUCGCUGACCGCUUCCUCCUGAGGGUCAACUCUCGCUCCUGGCACCAAACUUGUCUCAGAUGCUGCGUCUGUCAGCUGGCUCUAGACCGUCAGCCAUCUUGCUUUAUACGUGAACACAACGUCUACUGCAAGACAGACUACACCAGAAACUUCGGGGCGCGGUGCGCUAAGUGUUGCCGCAGCAUAGGUGCGGCAGACUGGGUGCGGCGAGCUAGGGACCGUGUCUACCACCUAGCCUGCUUCGCCUGCGACGCCUGCAAACGGCAGCUGAGCACAGGAGAAGAGUUCGCUCUCCACGACAACCGCGUCCUCUGUAAACAACACUACCUAGAGUCCAUCGAGGGAGGCGCUACCAGUAAUGACGAGAAUACGGACGGAGAGGGCAGCCAACGCAAGAGCAAGAGAGUCCGCACCACCUUCACGGACGAGCAGCUACAAGUCCUACAGGCGAAUUUUCAGAUCGAUUCCAAUCCCGACAGCCAGGACCUGGAGCGCAUCGCCCAGCUAACGGGCCUGAGCAAGAGGGUGACGCAAGUUUGGUUCCAAAAUUCUCGGGCGAGGCAGAAGAAGCAUAUGUCUUCGAAGAAACAUCAACAGGGUAUGGCCAAGAACUGUAAACUGUUUGUGUUGCCUACACUAGUGCAUCGGACGAUAUUUCUGCAUUAA